CAGUCAGUCGCCCACCAACACAGACGUUGCCGUCCCGCCUCUCUGCCCACCUCCUCGUCGUCUGAUCGCCAUCGCCUCGGCUAAAAAUCCCGCGGUCCACGCUCCCCUCCAACUCCGAAUCCCGUCGCCAUAAAUCUCGCCGCGCCCUUGCCCGCGCGUGCCCUCUCUCCCGUCCCCCUCCCGCUCCGCCACCGGCGCCGCGCAGAGCAGAGCAGAGCUGAGCCAUGGCCGGCACCGAGGAGCGCGUCGUCGCCGUCAUCAUGGUCGGCGGCCCCACCAAAGGGACGCGGUUCCGGCCGCUGUCGCUGAACGUGCCCAAGCCGCUCUUCCCGCUCGCCGGCCAGCCCAUGGUGCACCACCCCAUCUCCGCCUGCCGCCGGAUCCCCAACCUGGUACAGAUAUACCUCAUCGGGUUCUACGAGGAGCGGGAAUUCGCGCUCUAUGUCUCGUCUAUCUCCAACGAGCUCAGAAUCCCCGUCAGGUACCUAAGAGAGGAUAAGCCCCAUGGGUCAGCUGGAGGGAUCUACAGCUUUAGGGAUUACAUCAUGGAGGACGGUCCGUCACACAUAGUUUUGCUGAACUGCGACGUUUGUUCUAGCUUCCCCUUGCCAGACAUGCUGGAGGCCCAUAAAAAGUAUGGAGGAAUGGGUACUUUACUAGUUAACAAGGUAUCUGCAGAGUCAGCAAACCAGUUCGGCGAGUUGGUAGCUGACCCCGAAACAAAUGAACUUCUGCACUACACGGAAAAGCCAGAGACUUUUGUGAGUGAUCUCAUAAACUGUGGAGUGUAUAUAUUUACUCCCAAUAUCUUUAGUGCCAUUGAGGAUGUCUUAAAACAGAAGAAAGACAGAGCAAAUUUGCGCCGUGUAUCUAGCUUUGAAGCUCUUCAAUCAGCAACCAAGGCACUUCCAGCAGACUUUGUUAGGUUAGAUCAAGAUAUUUUAUCCCCUCUAGCGGGAAAGAAGGAGCUGUAUACAUACCAGACGCUUGAUUUUUGGGAACAGAUCAAGACACCAGGGAUGUCUUUGAGAUGUUCUGGGUUAUAUCUUUCUCAGUUUCGCCGUACAUCUCCUCAUCUUUUAGCCUCGGGAGAUGGCAAAAGGACUGCCACUAUUGUAGGCGAUGUGUACAUCCAUCCAUCUGCCAAGGUGCAUCCUACUUCAAAGAUUGGUCCCAAUGUCUCUAUAUCAGCUAAUGCGCGGGUCGGAGCUGGUGCCAGGCUUAUCAAUUGCAUAAUUCUGGAUGAUGUUGAAAUUAUGGAGAAUGCAGUUGUUAUACAUUCAAUUGUGGGGUGGAAGUCAUCCAUUGGAAAAUGGUCACGUGUACAGGGUGAAGGUGAUCACAAUGCCAAACUUGGCAUUACUAUUCUUGGUGAAGCCGUUGAUGUUGAAGAUGAAGUAGUUGUAGUUAACAGCAUUGUGCUCCCAAACAAAACUCUCAACGUCAGUGUCCAAGAGGAGAUCAUCCUAUAACAGCCAUCAUUUUUUUUGUUUAUCCCAAAUAAGGUCUGAAGACCAAUCACGUGGUUUCUCUUUACUCGUUCUUUCCACAUAAGCUUCAGUAGAUUGAGAUUAUUAUUAGUCUGUGUCUGUACCCUUCUUGUGAUGUAAUACGGCACAAUCUUCUUGACCUGUUACUAAUUUGGUUGGCUAGUGUGGUGGUGUAGAAAAUGUACAAACAUGCAACACCAUUUUUGUUGAGAAUGAAUACUUUACAAUCAAAUGUCAGUUGUUUA